AUGACAGGUCAAAAUGGAUUCGAAGAAUUGAGACGAUAUAUAAAACAAGGCGGAGAUUUUUGUAAAGAGCUCAGCGUCAUUCUUCAGGAAAGAUCUGAAGCUGAAAAUCAAUAUGCCAAAAGUCUCAGCAAAUUAUCACAUAAAUUGCUCAAAACAUCCAAAGAUGCUGUCGGUACGGUUUCCGAAGCCUGGCAAAGACUCGGUGCAGAAAUGGAAGUUCAAAGUGAAAUUCAUAGAAAUUUUGCCGUUGCUUUGAGCGAAGACGUUGUUAAACCAUUAAAACAAUUAAUUGAUUCUCAACAUCGAAUUCGUAAAAACGUCGAAGGCGUCGUCGACAAAACAGCUAAAACUUUAACGGAAUGGCGACAAGCAGAAUGUAAAAGUAAAAAACAAAGUUUUUUAUGCGCGAGAGAAAAUGAAAAAUUACAAGACACAAUAUUGGAUGUAAGAAAUAAUAGAAAUGCAAGUACUUUGCAUUUACACCAUCACAAUCAUAAAAAUGUGUCAGAUAAAGAAUCUGCCAAGUUGGAUUUAAAAAGGAAAAAGGCUGAAGAAUCCGUUAAAAAAGCUGAUAUUGAAUAUUAUAGCUUUUGCGUGAGAGCAGAAAGAUGUCGGCUCGAUUGGGAAUCAGCUGUGACAAGAGGAAGUUAUUGUUUUCAGGGAUUGGAAGAAGAAAGAUUAUCUUGUUUAAAAAAUUUAGCUUCUUGUUAUCUAAAACAUUUCAAAGAAAUCGGACCAAGGCUCACACAGUCUUGCGACCGACUAACGGAGCCGAUCGAAACCUGUGACGUCACAAGAGAUAUACAAACGGUAGCUGCUAUGAAAGGAUCUGGUCAGCUCGUACAAGAACAAUUACUCCCUGAUUUUUAUGCCGAACACGUUACGUUGGCCAUGAACCGGGAAAGACGCAAACAAGCUUUACUAAAACUUUUACAAUUAAUAAGACAAGAUUUGGAAAGAGAAAGACGUGGGAAAGAAGGAGUUGAAAAUUUACAAAGAGCACUACAGCAAACUCCAAAUUUCGGUGCGGAAGAAUCUCAACAAAAUGUCGACGAAAAAUUACACCACAUGAAAUCAAUGUUAAUUUAUUUGGAAGCGGCGAGGUAUAAAGUUCAAAGUGCGCUUACAGAAUUAGACGGAAGACCUAAACCUCCUCAUCCUUUAGCAUCUCACAUACACAUGACGCGAGAUCGUCAGGGAUUACAACAAAGUAUAUUAAGAGUACCUUAUUGGGCUAAAAAUGAAGCCAUGGGAGAAAGAACGGGACAAGAUUCACCGGAUUGGACCGGACGCGAAGCAGGUGAUGGUACUUCGGUUCAACCUGAUAGCGAUUUCGACGAAUUUUCAAGCGCCGGAAGCGAAAAAGAUUAUCAAUGCAGCGUGUAUAACGUGCCAAUUAUAUCCGAAUGCAACGGAGACACGGACAAAACAAAUUUGGGUCAAUGCAGGGCUCUCUACGAAUACACUGCUAAAGUUUACGACGAAUUAAACCUGAGAAUCGGAGACAUAAUUAAAAUUCACGACAAACAUCCUGACGGUUGGUGGCUAGGAGAACUCGAAGGUGUCAUCGGCAUAUUUCCUGCAACAUACGUAGAAGAAAUUAAUGCGUUAACACCAUGA